ACAAAAUACGCAAGAAACCUGUAAGCAGCUCAAAGGAAAAGGUUACGCUUCAGUUCAAAAUCAAAUAUGAAGCUAACUCUGCAGCGUUAUUCCUGGCUUGUCGCACUGCAACUUGCGCUGCUGGCAGCUGAUUUGCUUUUCAACGCUUUUGGGUCAUGGAUAUCGCGGAAUAAGCUCCAAACUGCCAUAUUUUGUUUUGUCAUUCAAGACGCCUUCAUUAUUGUUGAGUACCUAUUAUUCACAUUGGCGCUACAUUCGACUUGCGUUUAUCAAGUGGGCGCCUCCCACAUUAUCCUGCGCAAUUGCAAGCUAUUUCUGUUUUGCAUCACCUUCUAUUUUCUGCUGUCCGCCUCGCAGCACUCUUGGAUUGUCUAUCAGUAUCGAUUAUCGGCAUCGGAAACGGCUCAGCAAUGGCCUUUGGCGCUCUACGCCUUGGCGGUUAUUCAGCGCAUGAUGUCGGUUUUCUACUAUUACACAUCAAAGUCAACAGCUUUGAUUAUGGCCGAUCCGCGCUACAAAGAGGAGCAUCUCGAUUGGAUAGCCGAGCAAUUGGGUGAUAAGUAAAGAGUUCGUGAAAAAGGAGGAUUGUACAGAAAUAUACAUGUUUAUUUUAGCUAGGAGGAGCAUAUUGUUAAUAUUAAAAUGUAUAGUUCAAGUACAAUUAAUAAAUGUACAAAGCACAAAUCAAAUAUGGAAUGACCCGUUUUCUUAAUUCGCACAAUCGAGUUAAAAUAUAGCUACUAAU